AUGGCUGGCACGUUGUUUUUCACUCGUCAAAUCCCUCGAUAUCAAGCUGCGGCAGAUCUAAGUGAUCUUCAUUUGGAGAAUGAGGCAGUUUUGGUAGCAUGGUUUGUUGAUCAGUACCGACGAGAUCUGGACGAGAAUGCUUUUCGCGAAGAACUGGGAAGUUUUCUGGGAAUGUUAGAAAACAUCCGCUACGAUGAUAUGUCAUCAUCUGCCAAUUACUACUCAUCAAUAUUUGUUUUAGUUCAGACAGUCGCUAUAACACGGUAA